AACGUAUCGGCCGCUUCCAACGCUGUACAUAACGUGAUAGACAUGCCCAACGCAAAAUGCCGUACGUGCCAGCUAUCACCAACCACGUUCGUUUCUUGAAAUGCAACGCGCAUCGUCCGUUCAGGAAUACAGCGCGGCUCGACUUGUUCUACCAGCUCAGACUUGUCCAGCGAGCCCUUCAGGGGCAUAGUCGCAUUAGCAGUUCCCGCGGAGAAUUUGGCGCGGAAUUAAUCAGCACGAAUAUUUCAUCCCAUGCAGAGACUGUGCGACACGUGUGUGAUUCUUGAGAUCUUCCGUGCAAUAGAACGCGAGGUAGUUAUCAAGUAUUCAGCGCGUGGUUCAGGCACUAAGUUGGACUUGAACUUAUGAUGUAAUGCCUGAUUACAAAAAUCAGCAGGGUCCUCCAUCGAUCAGUUUAACUCAAAACGCGUGGCCAAAUGGCUGUCACACGUAGUGCCAACAAGCAAACUCAUCUCGGAGGCGUCCCAGAACAGAAGUCCAAGACGAGAUCUCAAUCCAAGCAAAAACAUGAAGGGGACAAAUCAAAACGUAAAAGAACACUUGGCACGUCAGGUGACGGUGGCAUGUUAAGCCCUCCACCGUCGCCAACUCGAAAACGAAAGCUCCCUCCCAUAGAAGUCCAGAAUAAGACGAAAAAGGUCGCAAAGCGGGAGGCGGAGAGCGAGGAGGCAGGGCAACACCCACAGAAGGCCAUCAUCAUUAACCGUGCUCCGGUCUUACAUUUAUGGGCCGCCUCUGUGACGCAUUUCCUGCACCCGGAAUUGGAUUGGUCGACUUGUCUCAGCGCCGGCAAGGCAAUCAGCACGAUUUGUGCUGUUGCCAAAGGCCGAUCAAUAGGCGCGAUUGAUGAGCCUGAGGACACCGCAGAGCGCAAACGGAGAAAGGACGAGCAGAAGAAAAAAGAAGCGGAGCUUGACGUGCUAGAGAUUAUGCAGUUCAAGCUAAAGCACAAAGACGGCAAAGUGUACUUCGGUGGCAAGCCGCAAAGUGAUAGUGAAGGCGCGUUGAAGAUCAAAUUUGGUGAUGGCUACGAAGAUGUGAGGAGAGCGUUCGAUGAAGGGCUUCGGUCAUGGAAAGGUCACGAGGGUGAACUGAACAAAGCCGCAUUUACCAUGUACGAGAACUUUAGGCCAAGAGUUUCUAAAGGACAGAGAGGAUGGGGUAAAAGCGGCAAACUUGAUUUAGAUACUGUGAGCAAAACAAUCAGUAUGGGUUUAUCCUGCGACGGGUCUUUUUUCUUCUUUCCCUUUUGUUCUCCAUCUACCAUUCAAAUACAUACUAGUUUUAUACGAUGAACUGUUUGGUAGUGCAAAAAUGACUGUCCUUUGUCCGCG